CUUCUCUGUCUUUUUGGUGACUUUUGGAGCAGGUUUUUUGUGCAGUUUUUUUUUAGGCUCAAACUAUUGGAACACGUUGUUCACUUUUUUUUAAUUGGGGCUAGAAGUUUAAAACACAUGAAUGAGGUCCUGCACUGUAGUACAAUAGGGCGAGAGCUGUAGGUCUGCUAAAUGGACCGUGGCACGUAUUGUCGAAGCUCAUCAGCAGUGAGCAGCUGAUCUGUCUCUGGACACAGUGGACAGACAGGCAGUAAGCUGCUGCUCCCUCAGACUGAACAGAAACGAGUUAACACUGGACUUACUUUGCAUUUUGUUCGGUUUUUGGAUACGAUGGUGAGACAGCGACGCAUCAGAGCGCAUUCCUGUUCCGCAUCUGUUUGUUGCAGGAGAGGAACACAAAAGACUCUGACAAAGCCGGCCAUCUUUGCCAGGGAGAGCAGUUGUGAUUGUCGUGCCCCUCAUGAGAAGCUCACCAUCGCUCAGGCCCGCAGAGGCACCCCAGUGGACCGGCCAGUCAGAGUGUACGCAGAUGGCAUCUUCGACCUCUUCCACUCGGGACACGCUCGUGCUCUCAUGCAGGCCAAGAACCUUUUCCCCAACACCUACCUCAUAGUAGGAGUGUGCAGUGAUGAGCUGACCCACAAGUUUAAGGGCUUCACGGUGAUGACGGAGAUUGAGCGUUAUGAAGCGCUGAGACACUGCCGCUAUGUGGACGAGGUUUUGAGAGACGCACCCUGGACCCUAACACCGGAGUUCCUUGAGAAACACAAGAUCGACUUUGUGGCUCAUGAUGAUAUCCCGUACUCCUCAGCAGGAAGUGAGGAUGUCUACAAACACAUCAAGGAGGCAGGGAUGUUUGUUCCAACUCAGCGGACAGAGGGAAUCUCCACGUCGGACCUGAUCACCAGGAUCGUCAGAGACUACGACGUGUACGCUCGACGUAACCUGCAGCGAGGAUACACGGCCAAGGAGCUCAAUGUCAGCUACAUCAACGAGAAGAAGUACCGGCUGCAGAACCAGGUGGACCGAAUGAAGGAGAAGGUCCGCACGGUGGAGGAGAAGAGCAAACACUUUGUGUACCGGGUGGAGGAGAAGAGCCACGACCUCAUCCAGAAGUGGGAGGAGAAAUCCAGAGAGUUCAUCGGGAACUUCCUGGAGCUGUUUGGACCGGACGGGACCUGGAAACAGGUGUUUCAGGAGCGCAGUGGACGGAUGCUGUCCUACGCUCUGUCCCCCCGGGAGUCGCCCUGCAACAGCCCCCCCCGCGAACUGUCCCCCCUGCGCUCCCCCUCACCCCCGUCCCCCCCCGCCCGCUGGCACAGCGCACGGCCCUCACCCCCAAACUCCCCCAAAGGAGCAUCUGCCUCCAUCAGCAGCAUGAGUGAAGGGGACGAAGACGAGAAGUAG